AUGGCUCAAAGUCAAUCUCAAUUACAAAGUAAAGCUAAUGAGAAUUCCACACCAAAUAUUCUGACCGAAACAACAUUAGACCAUGGUGACAUAGAAGUUGAAAUUGACCUGGAAAUAGCAGCAGAGAUAAUGGAAGACUGGGAUCAAAGUAAAGUAAUGUUUGAAGAGUACAAAAAGUCUCAGAAUCCUUUAUGUAUUACUAAAACAAAUCCUGCUCUUGUAGAACUGGAAAUAUUGAUAUUUCCUCUACUUAGAGAUUUUCUCUAUAAACUAUUACAUCGAACAAUACAAGAGGACUGCUGUUAUAAACCACGGAGUAGUUUUAACGGAAUAGGCUAUCUAAGUGAAAGUUUCUAUAAUGCAAAUUCAAAAUACCCCCACAGAAAAAAUCCAUGCCUGCAUAUUUUUGAAAUGGAUUGGGUAAAUCUUGAAUUGAAAAAACGGUAAGUAUAUACAAUACUUAGAGCUGGUGCCUUUUAAAAAUUAAGUUAAGGCUAUGGGUACAUAAUUCGCAAAUAUUUUACGUGUAUCCCUACUUUUUCUGUCUUUACACGGCAAAUUACGUGUAGUAAAAUUCACACUGGUAUGGAUAUGU